UGCUUCAAUGUAUUGUAGGGUUUGUGGCGAGGCACCUUGGCUCUGGUGCAGGUAGUGCAGGACUUGACGUAGUCCUUGACAAAGAUCUGGAGCCUGGGCCAAGUAUAUUCUUGUCAGAUGAGUUCCAGGGUUUUGUUCUGACCAAAAUGGCUGGAGAGGGGAUGAUCAUGCUUAUCCUGGAGUACUCGGAGUCGGAGGUCACUGGCAUCUGGGACGUAGAGGUGGUUGUCCUGCCAGAGGAAGCCAUUGGGGUCAGUAGACCAACGGGGGUUGUUCUGAGGGAGGUUGGCGACGAGAAGUCAUUGACCUAACCUAAAUGCCAUCCCCAAUUCCUUGAAAGAUGAGUCGUAUGUUGUUGACAGUUGCUAACUGUAGCCAGACGGAACCAAAUAUGCCGAUCUUCUUCUAGUUCGACACAAGUUAUCGUCAUCCAUCCGUUGCAUAGUGAAUUAUUCCCUUCUGCAGCUUCGAAAGGAGAGCAACGUAUAAUAAUAUU